CCUUUGGAGAAGAUACCAAAGGUCAGAGGUUAUGACAAGAUUACAGCAACCAAAGGUCAGAGGUUAUGACAAGAUUACAGCAACCAAAGGUCAGAGGUUAUGACAAGAUACAGCUGACUAGUAUUGUGGAUCAUUACAGAUUGUAACCUAUAGCCAUGGCAACCCACAUCAAUAAAAACACAGGAUCAGACAUUGAUUCCUCGUUUUCUUCCUCCUUCUGUACAGAGCUGGAUGAACAGAUGUUGGUUGCCAUGGAGACACUGGAGAGGCCUCAAAGGUCACAGAAAGCCAAUAAGAUCAGAGCUGGCCUGACAUCAACACCAGGAUGUGUGACCCCGUUACCAAGACGACAGUCCCAGCUGAUGAAGUCCCUGUUCACCCUCCAGAGUCCCCUAAAUGACAGCUUCCUCUCCCCCUUCCCGUCCCAGAACAAAUCCUCCAAUACAAAGAAAGGGGAGGAAAACCUGACCCCCGCCACUGCAGAUAGCUCUGUUAGACUCAGUAGAGGGGGAAAGCCCAACAGAAAGAAACCAAGGAAUGUAUUAAAUGAAAUUGUCAAUGACAAAGUAAAGGAAGGUGGAGGGGGUGUAGAGGAAGAGAAGAAUGUGAUUGACCUUGAGGUGAUAGGUCAAAGGUCAAGGACAGAGGAAAAUACUGAUGACGUUAGUUCAGAAACACAGGAAAGGGUGGCUGAAAAUCAAGAGAUGAUGGAAAAUGCGAAUGCUGGUGAGUUUUUGACAGAAGACAAGCUGUUAUUAAGUAACUGGGGACUUCCUGACCCUGUAUUAAAACAGUACACAGAUAAGGGGAUCACCUCAAUGUUUUCCUGGCAAGCAGAAUGUCUAUGUUUACCCGGGGUAUUAGGGGGAGGUAACUUGGUAUACUCGGCCCCCACUAGUGCUGGUAAAACAAUGGUGGCUGAGCUCCUGGUCCUGAAGCGAGUCCUAGAGACAAAGAAAAAAGCCAUCUUUAUCUUACCUUUCGUGUCGGUGGCCAGAGAGAAGAUGUUCUAUUUACAGCAGUUGUUCCAGGAUGUUGGGGUGGUAGUGAGUGGGUUUAUGGGGAGUUACUCCCCUCCUGGGGGGCUCAGUCAGGUGGACAUAGCAGUGUGUACCAUAGAGAAAGGAAACGGACUGAUAAACAGACUGAUGGAGGAAAACAGCCUCAACAAGCUAGGUAUUAUUGUGGUGGACGAGUUACACCUUGUAGGAGACCAACACAGGGGCUACCUGCUAGAACUGAUGCUUACCAAGAUCCGAUUCCUCAGUCAGAAAAAGCCAACAAAAACAGCAGACACUGAGGAUAAUGGUUCUACAGAGGGAGUCCAAAUUGUAGGUAUGAGUGCCACCCUACCUAACCUUGACCUUCUGUCACACUGGCUGAACGCCACGCUCUACCGCACAGACUACCGCCCUGUACCUCUCACGGAGUGUGUCAAAGUGGGGACAGACAUCUUUGAUUCCAGUCUACAGAAAAUUAGAGAGGUGGAUCUGAGAGUGGUGUGUAAAGGGGAUACAGAUCAUGUGAUUCCGCUGUGCUUAGAAACAUUGGGUGGGGGACACUCAGUGCUUAUUUUCUGUCCGACAAAGAACUGGUGUGAGAAGUUGGCAGAGACGAUUGCCAGGGAGUUUUACGGCAUUCUGAAGAAAGGUCCUGAGACAGACUGUUCCGCCCCUUUACCCUUGAACAGACUCUCCCUGAUGGAGGUUGUGGAACAACUAAGGAGGACUCCUGUGGGAUUAGAUUCUACCCUUGGGAAGACCGUGCCAUAUGGGGUGGCUUAUCAUCACGCAGGUUUGACCUUUGAUGAGAGAGACAUUUUAGAGGGGGCCUUCAGACAGGGGUCAGUUAAGGUCCUGGUAGCUACCUCCACCCUGUCCUCCGGGGUCAAUCUUCCUGCCCGCCGUGUCAUCAUCAGGACCCCAAUCUUCCAUGGGAAAACCAUAGACUUCCUGACUUACAAGCAGAUGAUUGGUCGAGCUGGAAGAAAGGGGGUGGAUACACAGGGAGAGAGUAUCCUGAUCUGUAAGCCGAAUGAGAGAAGUAAAGCCGUGACCUUAGUAGAGUCUGAACUGCCACCUGUCAGGAGUUGCCUGAUCAAACACCAAGGGGAACAACUCAGUUCUAGCAUGAAAAGAGCCAUACUAGAG